AUGCUCGCUCCGCGCCUUCUCGCACGGCCUGCUGCUGCAGCACGCUCGGCCACUGCCGCCGCCGCUGUGCCCUCGCGCGCCCUGCCGCGCCUCGCGACUGCGUCCGGCACGCGCCGCCACGUCUCCUCGCGCGCCGCAGCCGCCGCCUCGUCGGCCGCCGCGCCCCGUGCGGCACCUGUGCGCCGCCUCCACGCCUCGGCGCGCCGCUCCAACGCUCAGCCCGUCGACGACGCCGAGGCGCCCUUUGAUCUCGCCAGCGUAGAGCGCGUCGAGGACGAGGCGGACGUGCUCAUUGUCGGCGGCGGCCCGGCCGGCCUCAGUGCCGCCAUCAAGAUCAAGCAGCUGGCCGAGGCAAAGGGCGAGGAGAUCCGCGUGGUGCUGCUCGAGAAGGGCGCCGAAGUGGGCAAUCACAUUUUGUCCGGCGCAGUGAUCCAGACAAACGCGCUCGACGAGCUCUUCCCCGACUGGAAGGAGAUGGGCGCGCCCCUGCACCAGCCCGCGCUCGAGGACCACAUGCGCUUCCUCACCGCCUCGUCGUCGUUCCCCAUGCCGCACCCGCCGCAGAUGAGCAAUAAGGGCAACUACAUCGUCUCGCUCUCGCAGGUCACCGCGUGGCUGGGCGAGCAGGCCGAGGCAGCCGGUGUCGAGAUCUAUCCUGGUUUCGCUGGCGCGGACAUUGUCUGGCAGACCGACGCCGACGGCAAGAAGACGGGCGUGCGCGGCGUGCGCACCAACGACAUCGGACUCGACAAGAACUUCCAGCCCAAGGACACGUUCGAGCCGGGCAUGGAGUUCCACGCGCCGAUCACGCUUUUCGCCGAGGGCGCGCACGGCUCGCUCUCGCAGAAGGUGAUCAAGGAGCUGGGCCUGCGCGAGGCGGUCGGGGCAGACCCGCAGACGUAUGGCCUCGGCAUCAAGGAGGUGUGGAAGGUGGCGCCGGAGAAGCACCAGCCGGGUCUCGUCACGCACACGCUCGGCUGGCCGCUCGACGCCAAGACAUACGGCGGCAGCUGGUGCUACCACAUGGCUGACGGACUCGUGUCCAUCGGCCUUGUCGUGGGCCUCGACUACAAGAACCCGUAUCUCUCGCCAUUCCGCGAGUUCCAGCGCAUGAAACACCACCCGCUCUUCGCGAAUUUGCUUGAGGGUGGCACGUGCGAGGCGUACGGCGCCCGCGCGCUGAAUGAGGGCGGGUACCAGUCAAUCCCCAAGCUGCACUUCCCGGGUGGCGCCUUGCUCGGCUGCUCCGCUGGCUUCCUGAACGUGCCCAAGAUCAAGGGCACGCACAACGCCAUGAAGAGCGGCAUGCUCGCGGCCGAGAGCACGGUCGAGGCAUUUCGCAAGCGCAGCGAGGCCGGCUCCGAGGAUCUGCUCGACAUUGAGGACUACCGGACGAAGCUGGACGCCUCUUACGUCAUGAAGGAGCUCAAGGAGGUCCGCAACCUCCGCCCAUCCUUCCACAACCCGCUCGGCCUGUGGGGCGGCAUCGCCUACUCGGGCCUCGACUCGCUGAUCCUCAAGGGCCGCACGCCCUGGACCUUCCACCACCCAUGCGAGGACCGCGAUGCGACGCUGCCAGCAUCGCAGUGCACUCCGAUCGACUACCCCAAGCCCGACGGCAAGCUCUCGUUCGACAUCCUCACCUCCGUGUCGCGGACAGGCACGAACCAUGCCGAGAACCAGCCCGUGCACCUGCACGUGAAGGGCGGCGACUACGAGGGGCACACCAAGACGAACGUCGGCGAGUACGCCGGUCUGCUGGGCCGCGCCUGCCCUGCUGCAGUGUACGAGUACGUCGAUGCCGAGGGCGGCAAGGAACACGCGUUCGGCAAGCGGUUCGAGAUCUCGAGUCAGAACUGCAUCCACUGCAAGACGUGCAGCAUCAAGGUCCCGGACGCCAGCAUCGAGUGGCGCGUGCCCGAGGGCGGCGGCGGACCAAAGUAUUCCCUGUCUUGAUGUCGCCAUCGACUCCGUGCGCGGCCCCCUUCACACUGUUCGUCCUCAUCAAUGAUACACUGACGUCGCAUUAGAUGGCAUCACCGCGCUGCGCCCGCACCACCCUCGACACGCAGGCUGUGCAAUACUCAAUGCAGGCCUCGUCCGGCUCCGUGCGUCACAG